AUGUCUAUUGGUGAUGCUCCUGCACAAGAUCAGCUUACUGCUAAUUAUGAUUCGAAUGACUCAUCAUCAAAAUCAAUAUUUAAUCGUUCAUCUAUUCGAAGGGUCUCACCGCAACUAAUUAAUACACAAUUUACUCCGGUUUUGUCUGAACAAAUUUCUUCUGCUGUCAAAGCUAUAAAUAAUGAACAAGUGUAUAACACGAAUUCUCAAAUUCGUUUUCUUGAAGAUAAAAUUAAUGAUCAAAAUGCAACAUUAUAUAAUCAACAAUCUGAAAUGACCAAUUUACAUAAAAUUAUACAGGAUCUUUAUAAUCAAUUACAUCAUUUAAAAGCUGUCGUAAAUUCUGCACCACAUUCACCAAUUUUACAUUCUCGACCAAUUUCAGUUCAUCAUAAUAUGCAUCAAAAUGAUACUCAUCAACAUCUUAAUCAUUAUCCAUCUACUUCACCAAUGUGCAUUCAAUAUCCUCAUGAAACAUAUACUUUACAACCGGUUCAAACGACGUCGGUCCAUCAUUCUGAUACAUUAGCCAGUGCUGAUCAAAUACGUAAUUUACAAGAAGCUUUAUAUAAAUCGAAUGCAGCACUUGAACGUCGUGAUACUGAAAUUAAUAAUCUUCGAAAAAAGAUCCAUGAAAUACGUGAUUCUCAAUUAACUUCGGGUAAAGCUUCUCCAAAUCCAUCAACAAAUAUUCCACCACUAGCAGCUCAAAAUUCACAUACGUCUGCAUUUGUUCCAAUUCUUGCUACUGAUAAACCUAGACCAGUUACUCUAUCUACAAAUACAUUUACAUCACCACCAAUUAUGCCAUUUACUAUGUCGUUAACCAACACUUUACCUAGCUUUAGUGGUAAAGAAGGUGAAAUGCCAACGAAAUUUAUUACUGAAUUUGAAAUUCGAGCAUCAAGUCUUGUUGGUCAUAAUGAUGAUUAUUUACUUCGUGCUAUUCAACAAUCUUUAACUGAUACUGCUCUUACGUGGUAUAUUCAAACACAACAAGAACAACCUGUUAACAAUUGGGUACAAUUUAAACAAUUAUUUCUUCGUCGAUUUCGAACUCCAGAAAAAAUUGAAUUACUUCGUGGUCGAUUACGUACAUUAUGGCAAGGUGAUAAUGAACCAACUGCUGAUUAUUUUGAACGACUUAAAGCCUUAAUGUCGGAAAUUGAACCUCAAACUUCUACUGAUUAUAUUAAAAGAAAAUUUUUACAAAAAUUACGCAAAGAUAUACGUGAUAAAAUGGCACUUAGUCUUACAUCUUCUUUAUCUGAUCUUGUUCAAAAAGCCAUUGAAAUUGAAUCAAAUAUUGCACAACAAAAAAUCGAUGACAAACUUCGUGAUGCACACAAAGAAGACAACAACAACAAACAAAAGUCUACUACUGUUAAUAACUUAUUCAAUGUUUCUCAACCUAAUCCAUCAUCUUUAACAACUUAUAAUCAUCAAGCUUCAUAUGAUAAUUAUAAAAAUAAUUCGAAAUACAACAGCAAUAAACAAAAUCAUCACAGUAAUAAAUAUUCACGCACUUUUAUAAAUUCAACAACAUCACCACAUCGAUCAUCACAAAUUCAAAAUGAAUCCCAUAUAUCUCGACAAGUUUCUGAUCGAAAUGUAAAGGUAAAACCCCACAAUAAUAUACCUUGGUGUUCAUUUUGUUCAAGCACAAGCCAUACCUGGUUUCGUUGUUAUUCUAAUCCAAACGGUCCUAAUUAUCAACCUGAACGGUAUCAACAUGUACAGCAACAACCUUAUCAACCAUCUAUGUCGUCGUCUCAUUAUUCUCAACAACACAACUAUCAAUCACCAAAUCAGCAUGAAUUAAUUCAUCAACAACAACCACCUCAACAAAAUUACCAACAAUCUCAUUCAUCUUCUUAUUUUACAGCUGAAUGA